UUUUUUCCCUAGCGAGGACCACCCUUUGCCUUUUCAUUUGAAUUUCAAAUUCGAACGUUUCACUUUUACACAACAAUGAGGAAAGACAAUAUAUUUUAGAGACAAUUAGCUAAGUGCUCGAAAGGGUUUGGAUCAAUUUGAGGUUUUUCGAACUCUGAAUUAUGGGAGAAUCAACUUGUCUCAUGCAACCAUUCUCUUAUGCUGCUGGCAUUCCACAUGAAGCCAAUGAGGGGAACCCAAUUCAUUCUCUGGGGCAGUCAGUCUCUUUUGGGAGAUACAUGACAGAGUCAUUGGCUUGGGAGAAAUGGUCAACUUUUUCUCACAACCGGUAUGUUGAAGAGGCUGAGAGACACUCACGUCAGGGAUCGGUUGCCCAGAAGAAAGCCUUCUUUGAAGCUCAUUACAAGAACCUUGCAGCAAGAAAGGCGGCGGCGGCAGCCCUGAUGGAGCAAGAAAAUGCUGCAUCUAACAAUGUUCCCCAACAAGAACCUGAAGUUGAAGUCAAUGACAUUACAACCAAUGAUUCUCCAACGAUGACGAAAACUCUAAAUUCUCAAGUAGCUGUUGAUGAAAAACAAGAAGUGGAAUUGCUAGACGAAGAGGCUCCCGAGGAUACGGGUGGUUGCAAUUUGAAUGCUGAAGCUGAUGGAAUGGAGAGCAGGACAUUUGAAGGAACUGAUCCUGUGGAGAAUGAUGCCAAGAUCGAAUCGCUAGACCAGCUUGGUGCUGCUGAUAACAAUGAAGAAAUUAAAGAAAUGAACCAUUGUGAAAUGAAACAAAUGGAGAAGCCCCUAUUGAAGAACUUCAAAAAUAGCCAGAAUGAUCUGCUGUCAGCUUCCGACAGAAAACCGUCAGUUUCUUCCUCAAAGUCAUCAAAUUAUAGUAAAGCAUCCAGGGUUCCAUCCUCUCCUGCCAAUCAUAAUGCUCCCAUUAGACCUAAGAAAGAAAACAUUGCCACUCCAAUGAGAAAGAAGCCGACUAUCCAUACAGAUAAAAUGAUAUUCACUCCCAAGUCCAUGAGUUUCACACCAGGCAGAGAAUUUAAUAAAUUAACUUCAACCAUCAUCCGGAAGAUUGAUGGCUCUAGAAUUACCUCCAACUCUAAACCAUCCAAAGAUUUCUCAACUCCUUUGAAGACUCCGACCACGGCAUCUGUAAGAAGAGAAUCAAAGCAUCCAUUAGCCACCCCUCAGUCAGAAACCAGAAGGGAAAAAGAAAGCCUUGAUACCUCGGCCUCGGGGAGAAAAAUGGUUCGCUCAAAGUGGAACUGCCUCCCAACAGACUGUCCAAAGUUUCUGAGUUCGUCCAAAAACAAAUCGCAGUCACCAAGUUUCUCCACACCUUUCAGCUUGAGGACUGAAGAAAGAGCUGCAAUAAGAAAGAAGAAGCUAGAAGAAAAAUUCAAUGCAAGUCAGGCACAAAGAGUACAGCAGCAAACAACACUGAAGGAGAAAGCAGAAACAGAACUUAGGAAACUGCGUCAAAGCCUUUGCUUUAAGGCCAGGCCACUACCGGACUUCUAUAAGGACAGAGGAACAUCAAAGAAUCAGAUGAAAAAGGUUCUACUGGCACAUCCUGAGUCACCAAAACUAGGAAAACAAUUCACCCCCAGCAGAGUGCAUGGCAACACCUCUGAAACUCCUCAGAGGCCCUCAAUCAAAAGCAAAAGCUCCAAGUUCGAGAAUAAUCAAACCAGAACUCAUUCUGUGACUUCACGACCCAUCGUGUUCAGUCAUGAGAAUACGUCUCCAAAUAUUCAGCAGCAAAAGUUCUCUAUGUAGCUGAAUCAUGGAUGCUUACCACGAAAUUCAGAAGUGCAUGACGCAGAAUCAGGCUAAUGAAUCGAAUCAAUUUGAUGGAUGAUUGUUGAGUUUCAUUACUGUAUGGAGCAUGUGUUUCUCUAACUAGUAUUUAUUGGGAAUGAGAUGUAAAAAAAUGUACCUUAAGACUUCUUAGCGGCCAUCAAUAUAUGACUCAUGAAAGGAAGCUAUGAUCUGUAACUCUUCAGAGAUUAGUUCUAUAGUAGCAGGUUGCAGCAUCUUAAA